AUGGCAUCAACACUGCCCGGCGGCGAUGCCUGUUUAUCCGGGCUUAAGGCAGACCGACAGUUCGGUCCCCGGACGCUCCUCUCCGCCCUCUUUACCCUCCACGUUCUCAACACCAUCUACACUACCAAAUCUCUUCGGACCACCCUCUCCCUCCCCGCCACCCUCCUUACCACCAUCUCCCUUGUCUCGUCCACCCUCCUCUCCCUCCUCGAAGACCAACGCACCAUCCACCCCUCCGAUCUCCUGGUAAUCUACUUCUCCGCCUCCACCAUCCUCUUCAUCCCGCGCCUUCGCACCCUUUACCUCCUUCAUGUUUCCCCCAGUUCCCUCGCUAGCCCUAUCAACCCCAUCCCCCACUUGUUGGUCCUCCAAGUCCUCUGGACCCUCAUCUUCGCCCUCACCACCCUCGCCGCCGUCACCGAGUCCCUUGGCAAAUUCACGCUUCUCCAACCGCGAUACAAACACAUUGUCGUCACCAAGGAGCAAACAGCCGGGUUUUGGAGCCGUGGGUUCUUUGCUUGGUUGUUACCGUUCUUGCAGGUCGGGUAUAAGCAGACUUUGGGGAUGGGGGAUAUUCCGGGAGUGGAUGGGGAGUUGAGGGUGGAGAGCGCGGGGGGUGAAAUGGAGGAGGUUUUUAGGAGGUUGCUACUACUGGCACAACAAAGCCAGGCGAAGAGCGGGAACAGUGGGAAGCAAGAGAAGGAGGAAGGAAAGGGAGAGGGGGCUGGGGAAAAGAAGAAAGGGUGGAUGCUGAUUCGCGCGGCGUAUGAGGCGAACAAAUGGCCUUUCUGGUCGGCGGUGGUGCCGAGGUUGGCGUUGUUGGGGUUUAGUCUCUGUCAACCGUUUUUGAUUGAGGCGGUUGUUGGGUAUUUGGCUUCGAGGGAGCGGAAGGGGGGAGAGCGUGGGGAUGAGGAGAUUGAGGCGCCGCAGCCGGAAUAUUUUGGGAGAGCGUUGGUGGGCGGGUUUGUGUUGUUGUAUAUUGGUAUUGCUGUUUCAAGAGCGAUAUACUGGCGACAAACGAACCGGAUGAUUGCUCGAAUCCGCUCAGGACUUAUCGCUAUGGUUUAUCAGCAUACCACUGCUCUUCGGGCCGUUGACGUCAAGGACUCUGCAGCAGUCACUCUAAUGGGAACGGAUGUGGAACGUAUUGUCACGAGUAUCAAGAAUGUUCACGAGCUGUGGGCAUCUGUACCGGGCGUUGGCAUUGCCAUCUGGUUGUUGGCUCGCCAGGUAUCGUAUGCUGCCAUCGUUCCACUAGUGAUCUGCCUGGUAUGCGUCGUCGGAGCAUCCUUCAUCGGAGCAGGCACCGGGCCUGCACAAGCAGCAUGGAACGAGCGAGUCCAGAAGCGAGUCGCCGUCACGGCCAACAUGCUCGGUGACAUGAAAGCCGUCAAGAUGCUGGGACUUACCGGCGUACUAGGUAAUAUCAUCGAGGGCUUACGCAGAGCCGAGCUGAAGACUUCAGAGAAAUUCCGCAAAUAUUUGCUUUGGAAUAUCCAAGUUUCUUUCCCAGCUGCCAUGCAGGCCGUGGCGUGCUUUGGCCGCAUUGAGACAUAUCUGACUAAACAGGAGUUAAAACAAUCGGAUUUAUCCUCGGUUGAGGACAGGGGACGGUCGGCGGGAGCCUCUUUUGAGAGUGGCACAGAGCUAAGAAGCGUGGUGGGCUCGAGACCGUUGGCCCGUGAAACGACACCUGGGGCACUCGCCUCGUUUGCAGCUGCGGACAUCUCCUGGUCAGCAAAUACCAUCGAGCCAGUACUUCAAGGUGUUAACUUGACUAUCAAGCCGGGGUUUACGGCAGUUAUCGGUCCAGUUGGUUCAGGGAAGUCCACGCUUCUAGAGAGCUUGGUAGGAGAGACGACUUUGCAGCGAGGAUCUGUCACCACCAACUUCUCCCGGGCAGCUUACUGCCCACAAGCAGCCUGGCUCAUGAACGAUACCAUCCGACACAACAUCACCGGCAGCAGCGAGGACUUUGAGAUCGACCAGAAAUGGUACGAUUUGUGUAUUCUAUCGUGCGGACUCCGUCGUGAUCUCGACGGUAUGGUAGCGGGUGACCAAACAGUCGUCGGAACGAAUGGCUCUUCGUUGAGCGGAGGACAGCGGCAAAGAGUAGCCCUCGCCAGAGCUGUAUACUCUUGUGCUCCUGUUAUUAUCCUCGACGAUGUUAUGAGCGGCCUGGAUCCUGCGACUGCUAAGGAUAUUACCACAAGAUUGUUUAGCAGGCAAGGCCAUCUUCGUAAGGCGGGUGUCUCGGUUGUACUUGCAACUCAUAAUAAGCGCCUUCUCCCCUAUAUGGAUGAGAUUAUCGUACUCGAAGGCGGCAAAUUCGCGGAUAUCGGCUCAUACAGCGAGAUCCAAUCGCGAGGUGAUCUCAAGCUCAUGGCCAUGACCGACGACGAUGUUAUCGAGUCCGGGGAGGAGCAGCAGUCUGCAACAGACGAGGUAUCAAGGGACAGCAAAAGCCCGGCCACGACACAAAAGCCCUCAGACACAACAACCCGACAAGCAACCAAGCCUAAUUUCGAACGUCGUCAAGGAAGCUGGUCCGUGUACGCCUACUACGCUCGUAGCGCCGGCGCCCUCAGUCUCUCUCUCUGGGCCUUCUUCACCAUCCUUGGUGCCAUAACAUCCAACUACAUGACCAUUUGGAUCUCUAACUGGAGCUCCGCCAGCACCCCUUCGGCCUCCAAUCCCGAUCCGCAUCCAAAUCUAGGUUACUAUCUUGGUAUCUACACGCUCCUCGUCGUUCUCGCCCAAAUUGGUAUCGUAGGCGAGUGCUUCGUUUUUCUCAUCAACAUCAUCAGUAACACGGCCCUGUCUCUUCACACGGACCUUUUGAAUUCCGUACUCUCCGCACCGCUUUCCUUCUUUUCCCAGUCGUCGUCGUCGUCGUCGUCAUCGUCGUCACCCACAGACUCAAACGGCGACGACAAAAACAACGCAAGCUCAGAAGACAGCGGUACCAUAACCAACCGCUUCUCCCAAGACAUGGACCUGAUAGACAUGACCCUCCCCGUCCAAGCCAUCAUGUUCACCAGCGCCGGUUCCUACGCCCUCGUCCAGCUAAUCAUCAUCUGCGUCCUGGGAAAAUACCUAGCCGCCACCGUUCCAUUACUCGCCGUCACCCUAUUUCUCGUGCAAAAGUACUACCUGCGGUCGUCACGACAGCUGCGAUUGCUAGACAUCGAAGCCAAGGCGCCCGUGUACAAGCACUUCCUCGAAACAGUAACGGCGGGGGGUGUAGCUACCAUUCGCGCAUUUGGGUGGGAUAAGAGGUUCCGUGACAGAUUGGCGAGGAUGAUGGAUGAGGCACAGAAACCGUUUUAUAUGCUGGCUUGUAUCCAGCAGUGGCUGGCGCUGGUGUUGGAUUUGGUGGUCGGCGGGAUGGCGGUUGUGUUGGUGGGUGUGGCGGUUGGGGUGGCGCCGGAUCCGGAGAAAGCAGGGUCGUUGAAGUCGGCUGUCAGUGCAGGGGCUUUAGGUGUGUCGUUGGUGCUGGUCAUGACGUUUAAUGAGCUGAUUGUGCAGGCGUUGCAGGCGUGGACGAGGUUGGAAACGUCGAUCGGGGCGGUCGCGAGGGUAAGGGACUUUGUUAGGACGACGCCGAAGGAAGAUGAUCCGGCCGCGGACUAUGACAAUGGUGGCUGCGUUGGAGAUGGAUUGACGGCAUGGCCUUCCAGGGGUGAGAUCAAGAUCGAAAAGAUCUGUGCCAGUUACGGCAAUACCUCCUCUAACACCAACACAAACACUAGCGGACCUCCAGCCCUCAAAAACCUCACCCUUACCAUUCCCUCUGGGUCCAAACUAGCAGUCAUCGGCCCCUCUGGCUCCGGAAAAACCACAUUCCUCCUCUCCCUUCUACGCAUGAUCCCGCUCUCCUCCGGAUCCAUAACCAUCGACUCCCUCAACAUCUCCACCAUCCCUCGCUCCCGUCACAUCUUCAAUGUGAUCCCACAAGACCCCUUCUUCAUCCCCAACACCAGCUUAGCCUUCAACCUCGAUCCCUUCGGCCAUCUCUCCCACCUGCCCCCUGCUGAGGCAACCGCCAAGAUGGAAUCCGCCCUCCGACUCGUCACCCUCUGGCCGGGCCGCGUAACCGCCAACGGCCAGACUCUCGACAGCGAGCUGGUCACCUCGGAAUGGUCCGUCGGCGAGCUGCAGCUGCUGGCGCUAGCGAGGGCGUUGCUGCUCAAGGAUCAGAGGAGAAUCUUGGUGCUGGAUGAGGCGAUGAGUAGUGUGGAUGAGAAGACGGAGGCGGUGAUGCAGCAAGUUAUUGACACAGAGUUUAAGGAGCAUACGGUUAUUGCGGUGGUGCAUCGGCUAACGUACAUUGAGAGGUUUGAUUUAGUGGCGGUGUUGAAGAGUGGGGAGAUGGUUGAGUUUGGGGAGCCGAGGGCAUUGAUUGAGAGGGCUCAAGCAUGCCGCUGGGUUUCAGACUCUAGGGCCCGGCACUGA